GCUGUGCUUUGAACCCUUAGUGCGGGCACCUACGGACCGCUCAGCAUGCUUGACACCUACAGGGCCCCAAGACAAAGGCGUAGCGUUUCUGUUCCGCUGCUUCUCUGCUUGCUCGCUGUGGCAGCUAGGCAAACGUCUAUGCGUGUUGCCUUUGUUGCCGAGGUAGUAUGGGUCGACAUAAGAGUAGAGCAAGAGGCCUAGACUGGCUUAGUAUCAGCGACACCAAUGCCGCCUCUCAGAAAGUUACAUUCGUGCCAACCAGGUUCAAGAAUCCAGGAAAUCUUUCGUCAGACUUUGUCAGAUGCGCUCUCCGCUGGUGGCAAAGCCAAGACGACAAAUCCCAAGCUCAUACCUGGAGGAAAGACGGCCUUUCGUCACGUUCCCGAGGGCCGCGGUGGCAUACUGAACUUCCGCAAGCCCAUCUUUGGAACCGAAGAUGCAGGAAAGAGCUUGACAGACCAGGACCACGAUCGUAUCCAUUAUUUGGGGGUGACAGGCGUCAAGACCUGCGUAGGUGUGUACUUCGCCCUCGAUGACAAUCGCUGCUUCCUUGCCCAUAUCAACGCCUGGCGCUAUGGCGGAACGCGAAGGCUGAGUCUUGACGAACAACAGCAUCUCGAAGAAGGAUCGCGAUUCAAGAGUGUCACGAUAGAGAUGCUACGCAAGCACUCGGAGAAGCAUGACUGGGAUCCUAGGGAGCCAAGAAUUCUGCAAAGUCUGCUGAUAGUGUGUCCAGAAGCCUACGAUCCCCUACGUGUGUUGGAUGCCGCACGACGCCAGGCCGAUAGGAGCAUGCAGCCUAAUCCCACACGGGACAGGCUCAGACUACAGAGUGGCUGGUGGCUGAUCGAAGGGAUCAAACAGUUCCUGGGUCCCCCGCCGGAGACGCGGCACGACGAUCAGAGCGAGGGGUUUGUGGUUGAACAUCAUGAUCAGAGCAGGCUUCCAAUCAAGUAUCGCCUCAGCAGUCACGAGUGUUCGUACCAGAGGGAAGGAGAGCCGCCGGAGCUUGAGCGGUAUGAGUUAGUGGAGGAGGCUAUACAUCACCCUGAGCUUGGAAACUGGAUGAUCGGCGAACGUGACGGAGUGAUACAAGAGUGGGAUCCGAGGUGAGAUGGCAAGGUUUCAAGUAAACGAGUCGGCCAACAGUGAGUAUCUUGCUCAGAUCAGUCACAAUUCUGCGAGCCACUUGAUCGGUCUAGGGGAAUGAGUAUAGCUGCCGUCACAUGCUGCAUGUCUGAAUAUGCGUACCUCGCUCUGGGCAUUCGCGCAAGAAGAACCGAAUCAUCUUCCGUCAAGCUCGGUAGGUUGGUAGGAUGUAGCCUCCGGCUUCAGGCAACAGAUAGCCGCUACCGUACACGUUUAAUAAUAGC